AUGAAAUACACAGUACUGUUCAUAGUUUCUUGUUAUAUCGGACUCACUCACGAAUAUAUCGCACCCCAGGGACUUACAAAGAAUGGUAAUUCUAAGCUGCAGCCUACGCAUAAUUCUACUCUGUCAAAUAUUUUAAAUACUACGAAACCAAAAGGUUUCCAAAAAAUCAAUACAUCUUCGAAUUUUCUUCAAAAUGCAUUCGAAAGAGAUUUAUAUGCUUCAUCCCAGCCAAAACUUAGUGAAAUAAAUGAAAGAGCAUUCAUUUAUAUGAAAAGUAUUAAACCUAUUCAUAAUAAACUAUAUUUGUCUCAAAUUCGCAACGAUGCCAAAGAUGGCCGUCAUAACAUUCACGAAGAUAAGUUGUAUGGAGAUUUACGAGACAAAUUAGUAGCAGAUCAAAAGAAAAUAGAAUGCGCUCAGCUUAAAGAAGAAGACGAUACAAAUUCUCUGAUUGGGUUUGACUGUGAACCCCACAGGAUGGGAACAAAAGCCAGCUUAAAAAGUGAUUUGAAUAAAAGGGAUUUCUUGGAACUCCUCAAAAUGCCACUGGUAAGACUGGUCUCAAAGAACUCGGAAGAUCAAAGGAAAAGUCACAAAUUAAACACUAAAAUUAAUAGUAAAGAUACAAAAGCCCACAAAGGUCUACCAUUUGAUCUACAAAAUAAAUUGAACGAUGAAAGUAGACUUAGUGCCUCAGGUGAAGUAGAAAAGCUUUUGGACCAAUUUGUAAAUGUGUCAUACGAGAAGACUAAUCAAAAACAGAAAACUGCUAAUACAGGAAACCCUGAUUGUCAUAUACAAGAAACACACAGAAAUAUGUGUAAAUGUAAAAUGGGUUCAUUUGAUAAUGAAAAUACGUUUUAUAUUAACGAUGACAUUAUUUAA